AUUCAAGAGCCUAACUUGGCUAAUUUUUCGAGAGGAACAAAACCUUGCCCUCGGUUUUCACCGAAAACGCCCAGAUUUGCACGAAUCAAGUCGAGCUCGAAGAACCCUAAAAUUCAAAUUUGGGGCUUUUUGCUCAAACUUCAUAUACAAGCUCUCUAAGUGUUCUCCAGCCUUUCUAAACUAAAAAGAUGGCUAAACAACGCAAAGGAAAGGAAAAGGAAACUCAAUCAGUAGAGAAUGUAGCGGUUGGGUCGAAAAGAGCAAGGACGGGAACCGGAAUUGAGAUUAGGGAAACGCCAGUAGAUGAUUUUGUUCAACCUCCACGAGGGCACGGUGAUGUUCCUUACCACCCUACGUGGAGAGAUGGACCUUUGCAUAAGCAAAAUGCAGCAUACCAAGCUGAGUUAUUCUAUGCAAAGAUGGGCGAUACACAUUCUAUUAGAACAAAUACUUGUUUCGAGAAGCGCAUCAAUAUAACCGAUCUACGGAUGUUGGGGUUGUAUGAAAAAUUUGCUGCACUCGGUUGGGAAGAAGUGUUGGGCUUUCGAGGUAACGAGAGUGGAGAGGUGUAUCUUAAAAGCGUUACAGAGUGGCUAAGUACACUAACGAAGGAUGAUGGCAAUGAUCCGCCAAGAACCGUCACAUUGACAGGGAAAGUUAAUGGGAAGCCGGCGACCAUGUCUUUGGAUUCGUUGAGCCAAAUUGCAAAAUUUGAUUCUAAGGGGGAUAACUUCUACACUUAUAUCAAAGAAAAGGAUUACUUCAGUGACCCGAAGGAUAUUGUGGCUGAAAAUGUAAUGUUCUCGGAAUUGUUUUUGCUGGAAAAAGGGGUCACACUGAAGCGAGACAACCUCAAGCCAUUGGUGAGGGUGUUAUUGAGUUUGGUAUUGUCGAAUGUAGCACCCCGGUUGGGGGAUAUGAUGGGUAUACGGAAAUGGGAGUUGUUGGUGCUUUACGCUCUCAUGACGGGGCAAAUUCAUUUGUCGUUUCGGCAGUUGGUGAUGCUUCAUAUAUGGCAAAGCCGGAACAAAAGACAAAAGAAGCUGAUUCCGCAUGCUCGUUUGAUUAGUGUUUUUCUUCGGCAACAAAGGGUGGUACCGAUUUCUGAAAAGGCUUUUCAAAAGCCACAUGCUACUUGGUCGAUCGCUGAGACGUGUGAUGGGGAUAGAGUAACCUAUAUGAAAACCAAGUUCUGGAUAAAAAUCAAGUUCGGAGAUGGAGCUAAAUUGAAGGUGUUGCAGUGGGGGAAGCAACCUCCAAGUCGAGGCGAAAUGGACGAUUUGGAUUCUAGUGAUGAAGAGGUAUUGAGGUUGAGGCGAGAAGCGGGUUUGCAAGUAAGAGAAAGUGGAAGUGGGCAGCAUGAGGGGCCACGGCAGUCAGAUUACUCUUGGGGAGUGUUUGAUGACGAUAUGCAGGCAAGGGUGCAGAGUAGCCAACCGCCAGAAUAUGCGGGUUGGGACAGGUGGCAACAGUGUUUGUAUGAUCAAGGCUCGCGGUUGGAAAUAAGUAGGGAGAGGCAACAUCGGGAGUCAAUGGAAAGUAGAGAGAGACAACAUGAGGAGAUGAUGGGAUUUCUACGACGUGCCGACCGGGCACGUCACAUCAGCAAUGAAAUGGAAUUGAACAUGAGGGCGUAUGACGACAACCAAACGCGCCAGUAUUUCAAUUAUUAUAAUGGAGUUCCAUUUUGCGAGAAUCCACCUCAUGUGGACUUCAGUCAGUUGCAGCCAUAUGAGCCAGGUAUGCCCCGUCUUCCGAUGCCCCAGGUUCAUGGAUCGAUGUGGUUGCCAAGAGAAUACUCGGAGCCGCAUUUUCAAAGCUCCUACCCAUAUCGACCUCCACCUUAUGAUUACUCGGCUCGCCAAAGUCAACCACAUACAGCUCAAGCGUCUUCUUCUCAGUCGCAGCAAGGUCCGCAAGGAGGUUUAGCGGACAUUUUUGAUAUGAGCUCAUUUUAUGAGCAUUUGGGUGGAUAUCGUGGUGGACCGCCGGGUCCAUCAUAUCAUUGAGCACUCUCUGACAUGUUCAGGUCCACGUGCUUUUUCCUUUCUGAACAAUUAAUUGUCUUUUUAUCU